AGAGAGUGGACGGGGUAGAGAAAUGUAAAGCAUUAUCGGGUCGAACUAAUCUAGGGAAGGACAACCAUGAAUCCGUUUCUCAAAAUCUGCCUCCAGAUCUUUUUGUGGCUUUGUGUUGAUCAAAUUCAGGAUGUUGGUGGAGGCACACGUCCAGUUUUUCAAAAAGCUGCCUUGUCUCACUCUGAUGCAAACCUGAUGUUUGAGUUUUUGCUUGGCGGAGUGGUGAUCGACCAGUACAACAACGUCCUCCUGCUGGACGAGGAGAUGGCAUCGAUGAGGAAAGGGCGGGAUUUCCUGGUUCAGAUCAAUGACGACAUUCCCAAGAGUCUGAGCUCCAUGACGCUCAUGUUGGACGCCCUGGAGACUCGUCAGAGGAAGCCACUCACUCAGGUUCAGUUUGAUAAUCUCGUCCUGAGCUCAGUGUACUCUGCCCAGCAGGCUGCGGUUCAGGAGAGCACAGAGGAGCGGGAGGCCUGGGGGGAAAUGCUGCUCCGGCUGGCAAACAUCACAGUCUACGAACUACGUGGAAGUUUUCUCUUCAAUUAUGCUUAAUACACACACAUACACGAUCAGUACGUGUCAAACAAAGGCGUGUGCAAUUACUC